AUGAGACUAUUUCAGAAUACAUGCGAGUUUGCGUAUCCGUGGGAUCAGGUUACUGCUGCGAACUGGAACAAGUAUCCGAACGAGGUGUCUACGCAUGUGGUUGCUGUGGAUGUGCUGAGGCGGGAGCUGUCUGCGAGCGGGAGGCAGCUGGUGACGGAGCGGUUGAUCACUGUCAAGCAGAGUGUGCCGCGGUGGGUGCUGCUGGUGGUGGGUGCCUCUAAGCAGAGCUAUGUGCGGGAGGUGUCUACCGUGGACCUGGACACGCGGACGCUGACGAUGCGGAGUUGCAACCUGACCUUCUGGAACAUCAUGAAGGUGUACGAGACCGUGAAGUACAUGCCGGACGCUGUGAACCCGGACAAGACCGUGUUCAAGCAGGAGGCGCAGAUCAGCGUGUGUGGCACGCUGGGCAGGUUCUGCAACAAAGUCGAGGAGUGGAGCGUGCAGAGGUUCGGCGAGAACGCAAAGAAAGGUAAGAUGGGGUUUGACCUGGUGCUAAAAGUGUUCAACGAGCACUGGAACCAGAUCAACAGCGACAUAGAAAACGUCUUCAACGAGACCGUCGAGGACGUCAGGUCUACCGCCGGGAACUUGAUCAAAGAAACGGAGAGAACGUACUCUAACAUCCUCGGCACCAACCAAGAGAUAUUCUCUGAAGCAUUCAACAAGAAAUGA